AUGUCGACAUCAUCAGUACAAGCUGAAACGGAUCUUUCGGCUGUACUCCCAUCAUGCUCCCAUACUGGUAUCAGCCUCGAUGUCGACGUUCUUACUAACAUCUUCGAGAAAGUGGGCGCAAUUACAAAUAUACGCGACGUCGUUAAGCUAUCGUCGCUUUCACCAUGGGCCGCGUAUGGUAUCGAACGAUCCCUGAUCAAUCACAGCCACAUUCGAGUGGAUAUUCGAGCUCCAAUCGAAUUUCGGAUCAAUGGCUUGAAAAAGGAGAAACUACCGGUACCUGAACCCGUAAUAUACAUCCAGGGCUCCCGUGUGACCCCAGCUGCGGCAAAAGAGCUUAUGACGUUCCUUAUUAGUAAAAUGAAAGAAAUCAGAGCAGUUUCUCUGAAUAUUGAAGAUUCUGAUCUCACAAUUUUCAACGAGCUACUCGAUCAACUCAUACAAGCAGAAAACGUAAAGCUGGAAGUUCUGCGACUUAGACGACGCAAGGGUGGCCAAGCAAUACCGAAGAUCUCCGAGCUGAUCGCAGCGAAUGCGUCCACGCUUCGAAUUGUCGGUCGGAUUGGGCUUUCUGAAGCUGGGGCUUUGAAUUCUUCAAUACAUCUGGAGCGCCUCUCGUUGAUGAUGUUCGAUCUGGGACUCGAUGCAUCACAGACGGCCAUCUGUGACCAUUUUCUGGAAAUAGCCAGAAGUGGAGCCACAUUCAGACACCUAUCCUAUACCAGCUUCGUCGGUUUCGAUCCCACAGAUGAUGUUGUACAGGUGAGAAGGCUCCAAGGUUCUUCGAAGUAA